AUGCAUGUUGCUGAUGCAGAGCCUGUGGAGAUAGCUUCAUAUUGUCGCAAAAGUGAUGCUAGGAUAUGGUAUGAUCAGUGGAAGAAGAACAUGGCAGAAGGGGAACCAAUUUUGGGCCACAUUGUGUUUGGCGAAGAAAUUCGAGUCGAGACUCAGAAGAUUGAGGCAAUGCAAGAACUGAAAACUCGAUUAACUACUGCUCCAGUAUUGACCCAACCAGAGGGUAUAAAGGUUUUUGUCAUCUAUUGUGAUGCAUCCAGAGUGGAGCUUGGUUGUGUGGUUAUGCAGAAAGGUAAGGUUAUAGCCUAUGUCUCUGGGCAGCUGAAGAUUCACGAAAGGAACUACGAGACUCAUGAUCUCGAGUUGGCAGUAGUAGUUUUUUCUCUCAAGACAUAG